CAUUACAGCUAGGAGUAAUAUGAGCUGUGAGAAGAGAUUUGGGGUUGAGUACCCCCUAAAGUCUGUUUCUUAAUUUACUGUAGCCUAUUUGUGUGGAAGAAAACAAACACACAACAAACAGUAUCGUUUCUGUGUCAAGUUAGUUGAAGAGUGUUAAACCUACUUGCUGAGGAUUUAUUUAUUUUGAAAAUCUUCUCCGGAUGUCUUCUGUUGUUACCUGCCGAUUUGACACCGGUGGGCUUUUCUCUAACGAUGUAAAAAGGCUCCCGAGUCCCGCCGGACACAACUCGAUCCUCGGACACAGUGUGGAGGAGCAGCCAGGAUGAUCCCAGUGGGUGAAUUCAGAAACUUCGGCAUUGAGCAGAACACAAAGUAUCGGGUCCUGAAACCGUGGUGGGAUGUUUUCUCAGAGUACCUGUGUGUUGCUAUGCUUAUGGUUGGAGUAUUUGGGUGCACCUUGCAGUUCACCCAAGACAAGAUUUUUUGCUUGCCCAACCACUUCAGCAGCCCAACGCCUGAAGCAAUCAACUGCAGCCACAUCCAGACCUCCAGGGAGAACGAGACGUUGCAGCACACACAGUUCAGACCUGCAAAGCCCAUCCUCCAGGAGAUUUCUGGUCUCAAAAACAACCUGGACAUCCACCAGUACGUGUUUGUCAACCAUUAUUGCUAUGAGAGGUUUGUCCACUGGUACGCAAAGUACUUCCCAUACCUUGUUUUGAUCCACACUUUGAUCUUCAUGAUAGCAAGCAGCUUUUGGUUCAAGUUUCCUGGGACGUCGUCAAAAAUUCACCUCUUUGUUACCAUCCUUGGUAAGUGCUUUGAUUCACCCUGGACCACGAGGGCCCUGAAUGAGGUUUCUGAGGAAAGAGGAGAGGAGAAAGUGGUUAGUUUGAGGAGGAACACCAUGUCACAAGAGUCCACAGAUCAACCAGCAGAGGAUGUGGAGACUGUGGGGCUUCUCCACUCCAGCUCUGUCAAGUCUAAUCCAGAAAAGAAACGCCCAGAGCCUCAGUCGGCCCCCAAUGUCUUGGAUAAGAAAGAAGGCGAGCAGGCCAAAGCUCUGUUUGAAAAGGUGAAGAAGUUCAGAAUUCAUGUAGAGGAAGCAGACAUCUUGUAUGUCAUGUAUGUGCUACAAACGUCACUGAAAGUGUUCAAAUUCUUUUUUAUCAUUAUCUACUCUGCAGUGUGGGUACGGAACAUUGAGACAGUAGUGAGUUGUUCUGUUCCUCCUGAGCUGACUGGUUUUGAUGUAUUUUGCUGUAACCACAACAAAGCCCAUCUUUUCUCCAAGCUUGCCUACUGCUAUAUCUGCUUUGUGGGAGUGUAUGGGCUUCUGUGUAUCUACACCCUCUACUGGCAGUUUCACAGACCUCUGAACGAAUACUCCUUUAAGCAGGUCCGACUGGAGACUGGCAUUAAUGACAUACCAGACGUGAAGAAUGACUUUGCGUUCCUCCUGCACCUUGUGGACCAAUAUGAUCCUCUGUACUCUAAAAGAUUUGCUGUCUUCCUCUCUGAGGUCAGCGAGAGCCAUCUCUAUCAGGUCAACCUCAACUACGAGUGGACUGCCAAAAAGUUGCGUACCCGCCUCGCCAGGAACACAACUAACCGGUUGGAACUCCACCUGAUAAUGUUGCCGGGGCUUCCUGACACAGUCUUUGAGAUUCCUGAAGUGGAAUCGCUCAAGCUGGAGCAAGUUAAAAAUGUCACCAUACCGGCUAGUGUGGCAAAGCUAGACUCUCUUUGUGAGUUGUCGCUUAUCUUCUGCUCUGCAAAGCUCCAGCUGCCUGCCCUGAACCACCUUAAGGCACAUUUAAAGGUCCUGCGUCUACAUUUUGAAAGUUUAGAAGAGUUGCCUAUGUGGAUGUACAUCCUGAAAAGCUUGGAGGAGUUACAUCUGAAUGGUCCUUUAACCAACGACGUGUCCAGGAGUGCCACGCUUGACUCACUUCGAGAGCUUAGAGCUCUGAGAGUUCUCACUCUCCGCUCCAACCUUACUAAGAUCCCGCCUAGCGUAGUGGAUGUUGCAUUGCAGCUGCAGCGGUUGUGCAUCUAUAACAAAGAUGUCAAGCUCCAAGCUUUAAGCAGCCUGAAAAAGUUAACCAACGUAGCCUCACUUGAGCUAGUGGGCUGCAAGUUGGAGCGCAUCCCAAGUGCUGUCUUCAGCCUAAACAAUCUGCAGGAGUUGGACCUGAAAGAAAACAAACUUACCACUGUGGAGGAGAUCCUGAGCUUACAGCAUUGUCGCCGUUUAGUGACACUUAAACUGUGGCAUAACAAAAUCACUUACAUCCCUGAUCAUAUCAGUAAGCUGAAAACUCUGGAGACGCUGGACAUUAGCUGGAAUAAGCUACGAAAGCUUCCCUCUCGGCUGUUUUAUUGCACCAAACUCAGGCACCUUGAUGUUUCCCACAACAAUCUCACCUCUCUUCCUCCUGAGGUGGGCAUCCUGCAGGGUCUUCAGGUCUUCUCCGCUGCUUUCAACUCUUUAGAGAUACUGCCAGAUGAGCUGUUCUCUUGUAAAAGGCUCAAGAAGUUGGCUCUUGGAAACAACUGCCUGUCAAAUCUGAGCUCCAGAGUGGCCAGCCUGGCUCAGCUGGUCCGCCUGGAAAUUAAAGGGAACCAUCUGGAAUCUCUACCUGUGGAGAUUGGGGGCUGUCCUCUGCUGAACCUCAGCGGGCUGAUAGUGGAGGACAACCUGCUGGAUCUGCUGCCAUCAGAUGUACGAAGCAGGUUGUCUAGAGGCUGUCAUUGACUCAUCUUUUCUCAGUGUAGCAUGGAGGGUGGUCUGACUUGCAUGGAGAAAACAAAGUAUUAACAGAGUACUAAUCCAUGCCACUAGGUGGAAUUUGUCAUAUAAAUCAGCAUGAAAAAGGUGAACUAAAACCCAUAACUUACCACAGAAGGAUGAACAAACAAAAAAUAUUUAUAUUUAUAAAACCAGUCAUUAUGAAAUGUGUGUUAAAAUCUUUAUAAAUGAGUGAAAAAGCAACUUGCACAUGUUUUUUAAAAAGGUUUUGUAUGCAUUUUCUUAAAAAUAACUUUCAUGAAUAAAUAUUUUACGAAGUUUAUAGGUGUCCGGUAAAUACCUCGCAUACUUUUUUAAUGGAUUUUAACGUAGGUGGUUUUACUGAUAUAGUUCACACAGUAAUAUAAAGGUUAACACAAAAUCUUUUAAAUUCAGAUUACUGAUACUGUGGAUGAGACAAGGGCCCAACACUAGAAAAAUAACAGCAAGCAAGGAUCAACCUUCAAAUUGUUCUAGACCAGCAUCUUUACUGUUUUCUGAACAUUUUGUCUGUUCUUCAGAGCGCCACAAGUCAAGGUCUUUAAACAAGCUAUUGGACAGCAAGGAGUGUUUGCCACAGUGCGGUGGCUCAUGUUGCUUCCUUUCAGACACUAAACAAGCGGAGGGAGAAAAAGCUUUUCAGUAGCAGGAGAAAAGGUAUUUAUCUCUCUGUUUACAUAUUCAGUCAAAAAGAAAGACUGAAAGCAUAAAUUGGAUUAUGAGCCAGAAGUCAAGUCAGCAUGAUAUUCAGUGUGCAUUGGAUAAUAAUUGACAAAGAAAGAAGAUAAAACUA